AUUCACUUUCUGCGGUUUUCUUACCGGACUUCUCGUGUGGUGGAUCCAUCCAUCCGUGGAAAGCUCUGGGUAUAAAACGUCCGGCUGAAAAUCGUCAAACCAUCAGUUCCUAUUCGACUGUUUCCAGCUACAACUCUGCAAUCCUCAAACAUGAAGUUCUUGAUUAUCACCUUCUUGGUCGCCGUGGUCUUGGCUGAGAAGCCAGCUAAUAAACGGGCCACUCCGGCCUACAAACCCGCCCCAGCUUACCCGGCUCCUGAGUCAUACCCUGCACCGGGUUACAGCAAGAGCUACGAUUACCCGGCCCAGCCUUACAAUUUCGCGUAUGACGUGAAGGAUGACCCUUCCUACAACAACUUUGGUCACCAAGAAAAUGCUGAUGGCAAAGUUGUGUCCGGAUCUUACCGCGUUGUUCUGCCCGAUGGUCGCACUCAGGUCCACACCUACAAGGACGAAGGUUACGGUUUGGUCGCUAGCGUUAAAACCGAAGGUGCAAUCAAGACCUACGACUAUAAGCCAGCCUACAAGGCCUCCGCCUACCCUGCUCCAUACUCUCCUAAAUACUAAACGGAAUGUGAAACUAACUUAUCCUGUACGAAAUUCGUAAAUUUCCUAUUAAAAAAAACAAAUCGUUUUGGCUUUGAUGAGAAAAUGAAUACAAAUUUUUAUGAAUUUAA